CGACGUGGUCACGUGACGAAGAAAACCAACGGACCGCACCUGCUCUGCUGAGACGAAAAGCAAAACUCAUGAGACAUGGACAGAGGCGACAACCCCAGCGCUGUCGUUUGCAAGUUAUGUGGAGAGGCUUUCACUCUCCCUGAGGCUGAAGCUGACUGCAACCUCCCUCGGGUGCUGCUGUGUGGUCACAUCUACUGCACGUUUUGCCUGCGGUCCAUUCAACACGGCGGAAUCAUAAAAUGUCCCACAUGUGAGGUUGACUCGACACUUCCUGAAGAUGGCGUGGACGGCCUGCAGGAGGACAGCAGGAUCAUUGGGCUCAUCUAUACUGCUAAAAUCAAUAAAAUGAAGAGGUAUGACGGAUCAAAACAUCGAAGGUCAGUCAAAGCAACACCAUCCAAAGACAUAAAUGCCAAUGUUGAGGAUAUGGUUCAGCGACCUCAUAUAGAGGAGAUUGAGAGGACAGUGGAUGAGGCAUUGGCCCAGGCUGCAGAAAAUCUUGCCCAACUGGAACAUAUCCAUGAGACUCUGGCAGCUGGGUUGGCUCAACAGGUGACGAGAGAGAGAGUUCGCCUGGAGACAGAGAUCAAGCAAGUUUCAGAUAUGGCUUUACAUCGUGUCCAGAAGUGGAGAGAUCUGCAGCUGGCUAAAGUGGAGUCACAGUUCUCCAUCAGCAAUGCGCAGGUAAGCCAUGUCCAGGAGAGGCUGAAGUCCCUGCAGCUUGCCAUGCAAAUGGCAAGAGAAAUACGCCGGGUCCCCUUCCUGGAACAGUAUUGCACCCUAGACAAGGUUCUGGAGACGCUGCAGGCUCCGGUGGAUAAGCAGUCCUUAGAAAUGAGCUGCAUUACAGUGGAUCCUACAAUAAGCUAUGUUCUUCAGUCAGAGGAAGUCAACUAUAGUCUGACGUUGUUUCUGAAGGGGGAAGACAACAGUCCAAAGCACGUGUCUGAGUCUCCUCAGUCUUUCAGCAUAAACCCUCCCGGGCCAAAUAAAGAACACAAAAGCAGCAACACUAACCCAACCGAAUCCAACAUGUCCACUCAGCAAAAACAUGGAGGAGAGAUCUCGAGAGCUAAGGCUCCAUUGCCACAAGGCUCCACACCAAGACCUCACUGCAGGUCCAGCCACUCUCAACACAGCUCUGGUUCCGACCUUGGAAGCCCGGACGUAAUUAUUGAGGACUUUUUAGAUGAGAAGCCAGAGAAAGCCCUCCCACCCACUGGGCCAGAGCUGGCAAAUGACAAAUGGAAAAUACGAAGGGGACAGAAAAAUCAGUUUUUUCUAAAUAAAGUAAAUGUCAAUCCGUGGGUAUUGGUGACCCACAUUGUGAACCCAGGUCACUUCUAUGUUCGCUAUGUGGCUAAAAAGACAGAAUGUGAGAACCUGUACAAGAAAAUCAAUAACCUGUGCUGCAGCGAUGAUUGUCUCUAUACCCAGAACGACACAGUCGAGACUGAAUCAAUGAUCUUUGUGAAAAGGAAAAAGGAAGUCUGGUGCCGGGCCAGUGUGGUCGAAGUUGUGCAGACCGGCUGUGAGGAGACUGUAAAAUCCUGUCGAGUCAACCAGCUGGCCAGUAUCAGAGUCUUUCUUCUUGACUAUGGUCUCACAAAAAACAUCUACAUACAGAGUGAGGAAACAAACACUGAGUCUUUACUGAAGGCUGUGAACAACCACCUCAGAAUAGUGAGAGAGUCAGAAGUGGAAGUUCGUCUGCUCCCUCCUCAGGCCAUCAGAUGCUCCCUGAAGGACCUGGUUCCCUAUGACCUGGUGAAAGGCUGGAGUAAAAAGGCCCAGAUUGAAUUCCAGAACGUGAUAGGUAAUUCACCUUUGGAGAUGCGAACUCUGGGGAAGGAUAAGUAUUCACUGUUGGUGGACUUAAAGAAAACUCCCAUGAACCAAGGCAGUGACAUACCCCUCUCUGUCAGAGAGUACCUAGUUUUUAUUGAAGUGGCAAGGUUUUAUUAUCCAGUGUCAAUGGGCACAAUUCCUCUGCUGUAUUAUCCUCCUGUCCGUCCAAAGAUCAACACAGAGCUGAGUGCUGUGGUGUCCCACAUCAACAACCCUGCAGACUUCUAUGUUCAGUUGGAUGACAACAUGGAGUAUUUGUUGCUCUCAGUAAAGCUCCAGGAAUGUUACAAUGCAAAAGCCAUGUCUGGAGAGGACCACUAUGUUUACUGUCCCAUGGAAGGACAAGCUUGUGUUGCUCUGUGUGAUGACAUGUGGCACAGAGCUGUGGUGAAAGGUCAGGAAGAGAGCGGAAAGGUGGAGGUGCAGUAUGUAGACUUUGGCAAUAAAGAAGUUGUCCCAUUCAGUGACUUAAGGACGAUCAAGGAUGAGUUUUUUGCCCUUCCUUCCAUGGCAAUCCACUGCUGUUUGUCUGAGGUGAUUCCUCUGGAUGAACAGAGCUGGAGUGGCGCCUGCACAGACAGACUGGUCAGCCUUGCUCACAAGAAAGUGGUCACUAUUGUGGCAACAGGAAUGGUUCCUAGGACGGAGCCUCUACCAGUCAAACUGUUCCAGAGUGGUGUGAAUGGGUCACAGGUCAACUUAGCUGAGCUGCUGGUCAGUGAGCAGCUGGCCGGGUUCAAAGAGGGAGUUAAAUCUGAGCCUUCCACUCCCACUGGUGGUGAUUCUGUCAUAUGGGACUCUCCACUUGAGCUUGGCUCAGAGCAGGAGGAUGUUAAUGCCCUGGAACAAAAUGGCGUUGUGCAGGUUAACUAUCAGUUGAGGUUCCCUGCUCAGCUCAAAGACCUAAAAGUCAAAGUCAACCAUGUGAACUCACCAAGCAGCUUCUAUGUCCAGUUCACCCAUCAUGAUUCCAAGAUCAAAAGGUUACGUGAACAAGUGAAGGCUCAGUGUGGAUGUCUGGAGCCCCAAGAUGUGGCCUGGAAGGUGGACAUGUUCUGUGCUGCUCAAAUUAACGGGGUUUGGGAGCGUGGACGGAUCUGCUCUGACGUCACAUCCAGUGAUAUUGCAGAGGUGAUGCUCUGUGACCACGGGAGCACGGUGAAGCUUCAUGUCAGCAAACUGCAGCCGCUUCCAUCCUCAUUGGUGGGAUCUCUGGCGCUGGAGUGCAGGCUCACUGACAUCAGGCCAGCAGGAGGUGUCUCCAUCUGGACGGCUACAGCCUGCGACUUGCUCUCCAACUACCUGACUGGAGCCUCUGCUACUGUGACAAUCCAGGAGCUGACAGAUGAGCGCCCUGUACCCGUCACCCUGUUUUGCUCUAACAAGAUUGGACAGUCUGUCAACAUGGCAGAGUUCCUUGCCAGUGAGGGCCUCGCCCUUAAGGAACGAAAACCAAGUGCUGUUCUUCCGAAACCCGCCCCCCGCACCAUUAUGUCUGCUGGGAAUGUGACGACUUCGUUGUACCUCCCUCCAGAGCUGCCGAGCCACGGUCACAUCAAGAUCAGUGUUUCUGCUGUUGGUGACGACGGUCUCAUUUACGCCAGAACACACGAUGCAGAGCAUCAGCUGGAACUGCUCUGUGAGAGGAUUCAGCAGAGCAUGAAGGCCCUGCCCAGGCAGAAGCCCUACACAUGGAAGUCUGUUCAGGGCUGUGCUGUCAUUGGCCAUGACAUGUUGUGGUACAGAGGACAGCUGCUGGAGGUGUUGAGUGGGCACGUUAAGGUACAAUAUGUGGACUAUGGGCUGAUAGAGAACAUACCAGUGGUACACGUGUACCCCAUGCUGCUGUGUGACGAUGUCCCUCAGCUCUGUAUGCCCUGUCAGCUGCACGCCAUCAACCCUGUGGGUGGUAAGUGGCAGCCAGAUGCAGUAGCCUUAAUGAGAAGGGCGGUGCUGAAUUGCUGUGUGGACAUGCAAGUUAUGGAGCUGCCUACUGAUCCCAGAAGACCUAUCACAGUUGAGCUCUUUCUGGAUGGAAUUAGUCUCAGCAGGAUCCUGUGUCACUAUGAACACGCCUUAAUGGACCAGAGUGCUGCAGCAAAGAAGGAACGGCCCGGGAUUUCUCUUCCACCUCUUCUGGAUGAGUGGGACAUCAACACUGAGGAUCUGAGGAUCACAGAGGAGCUGGUGCUGGGGCCCUUUGUCUUCCCUAAUCUGCCCCAGAAGGGAGAGCAGUUUCAGGUGAAAGUGAAGCAUCUGUGCACCCCCAACGAGCUGUUCUUGUGGCCUUUGAGCGGAACCUACGAGGUGGAGGUGGAGGGAGAGACUUUGGAUGAAGCUCUGACUACACUCAACGAAAACAUCGACAGUCUGCCCAGACUCACUCACUUCUCUCCAGGCAGUCCGUGUCUGGCGGAAUACAGUGAUGGGAAAUAUUAUCGGGCCAGGCUGGUCAGUGUCACCAGCGUGGAGCCAGUCAUGAUCCUGGUCCAGCAUGUUGACUUUGGCUCCCAUGACACUUUGCCCACCAGCAAGUUGCGUCAGAUGCCAGGCAAAAUGCUGCAGUUCCCAUUGCGGGCACUUAAGGUCAAAGUUGUCGGCUUCAAGGCUCCGAGAGUCAACACUGAGGAAAACGUGUUGACCUACAGCCCGGCGUGGAGUGUGAAGGCUGCGAUGGACAUGAUCGACCUGCUGCACAGCCACAUCACAGCUUUGGUUGUGUCGACGGAGCCAGAGCUCAAGGUGCAGCUUUACAACAGUGAUGGGGAGUUGGUCCACCUGCCUCUGGUGCAGAGUGGAUUGGCUGAGCUGGAAUGAAGCGGAUUAAGAAGACUAUUACCUUGGAGUGCCACAGUGGGGACAAUUGUGAAUUUGUAUUAUAGUUGUCUGAGCUAAAGUUAUAUGUUGCAGGUCCAACUAGCUUGUGUUGUUCCAGGUUUCACAUCGUUCUGUUUGUAGUCAUCUUAAUUGAAUUCUCUUACUGCUGCUUUUAGUUUUUACUGGCCCCGAGAUUUUACGUUGGGUUAGUAUUUACUUUCAUUGUUCCCAUAAAGCAGUGAUUUUGUUUUACAUACGAUCUUGGCUGCUGUGGUAGAGUGAGCUCUAACAGAAACUUUAUUUGCUUUAAUUGGUUUGAGACGAGGACAUGUGGAUUAAAGUAUUCUGAUAUUUACCA